UUUCCACACACACUCCCCCACAUAACUACCCAACACGUAACCUCUCUCUCUCUCUCUCUCUCUCUCUCUCUCUAAAAAUGCUCCUCAAAACUACCGCUACCACCAUUGCUACACCUCCUCUGUUCUCCCUCUUCAAACCCUCUUUCUCUGUCUCCAAACUACCCCUCCUCAAGCCCUUCAAUUCCCCCUGCAACCCCACUCUCAAACCCUCCACUCUCAGGAUGAGCUGGCUCAACAAACUGGGAUUCGGUGCCCGUUCUCCCAGCGACUCCCCCGUGGAUUCCUCUACCUCCUCCAUUGCCCAGGGCCCAGAUGACGAUAUCCCCGCUCCGGGUCAGCACUUCGCCCAAUUCGGAGCGGGUUGCUUCUGGGGUGUCGAAUUGGCCUUCCAGAGGGUGCCCGGGGUUACCAAGACUGAAGUUGGGUAUACUCAGGGGUAUUUGCAUAAUCCCACUUACGAGGAUAUCUGUUCGGGUACCACCAAUCAUUCGGAGGUGGUCCGGGUACAGUAUGACCCCAAAGAGUGUAGCUACGAUACUCUGCUUGAUGUUUUCUGGGCGAGACAUGAUCCCACAACCCUCAAUCGCCAGGGGAAUGACGUAGGAACUCAGUACAGAUCUGGGAUUUACUUCUACACACCUGAACAAGAGAAAGCGGCCCUCGAAUCCAAAGAAAGGCAACAAAAAGUUUUGAACAGGAAGAUUGUUACCGAGAUACUGCCCGCCAAGAAAUUUUACAGAGCUGAAGAGUAUCACCAGCAGUAUCUUGCCAAGGGCGGUCGAUUCGGUUUCAGGCAAUCAACUGAGAAGGGCUGCAACGAUCCCAUUCGGUGCUACGGCUGAGAAUCCUAAUAAUUGUAUUGGUUCCCAGUUCCAUGAUGUUUGUAGUAUGUCAAUAGUUUGAGUUUGUGCUUCUCUCAUUCAAAAUCUUAAGCACUUGUUUCUUGAAAUCUUGCCUUGACAUUUUAAUGUAUAUGUGAUGAUGGAUUGCUAUGAGAUUGUAAUAUAUUAACUUUUAACUUA